AUGUGGAAGCCCAGAAAGGACUUGGUGGAACUGGUGGAUAGCAAGUUGGACGUGUGCCAGCAGUGUGCCCUCACAGCCCAGAAAGCCAACCUUAUCCUGAGCCGCAUCAAAAGGAGUGCGGCCAGCAGGUUUGGACUAAGCAACAAAUUUGAAGCAGAAUUUCCUUCAUCUUUAACUGGAAAGGUUGCACCCGAAGAAUUUAAAGCCAGCAUCAGUAGAGUUAACAGUUGUCUUAAGAAGAACCUUCCAGUUAAUGUACGAUGGCUACUUUGUGGAUGCCUUUGCUGCUGCUGCACUUUAGGUUGUAGUAUGUGGCCAGUUAUCUGCCUCAGUAAAAGAACACGAAGAUCGAUUGAGAAGUUAUUAGAAUGGGAAAACAAUAGGUUAUACCACAAGCUGUGCUUGCAUUGGAGACUAAGCAAAAGGAAAUGUGAAACGAAUAACAUGAUGGAAUAUGUCAUCCUUAUAGAAUUUUUACCAAAGACACCGAUUUUUCGACCAGAUUAGCAUUUGAUUUAUUUUUAAGAGACUUAUUCAAGUAUGUUGUCUUUCCAAUGGUGCCUUGCUUGGUGCUCUCCUGGUGGUGACAUAGCAUUGGUUCUACAGACUCUUGUGGUGUUUCCAUCCUUUUUUUUGUUUGUUUUUUGCAUGUUCUAAGUGCAUUUGGUCAAACUCUGCGAAGUCAUUUCAUGCAAAUGUUAACUACUACUUAAGUUAUUACUUUUACUACUUCUGUUUGUUAAUGUAUCUUGAUUUUCAGAGUCUUUUAUGUGUGCGCGCGUGUGUACGUAUAUUACUAUAAAUACACAGCUGAAAAUGUUCUACAAGUGAGCAGGUAUUUUUUUUACCCCCAAAUGACAAAACUGUUUGUUUGUACAUUGUGUAAGUCCUCUUGAUUAUUAGUUUAUGUGCUGAAAUACCAUCGAAGAUCUACCUAAACUUUUGUCAGUAACUAGUCAGUUGUAAAUAUUUUUAUUUCUUUUUGGAUAUUGGCUAGCUUCUUCCAACAAAAGAGGGUAAUAAAGUUCCUUUUGAAAUUGUACUUUUUGGAACCCAGAUGCCAUUGCAUUAAUAGGAAUCUCUGUGCUUUUCAUGAAGAAGUCCUGUCAGCUGGUUCUGAAAAAGUUCUAAACUUAGAAGAAAAAAAGCAAAAUAGAAUUACUUUACUCAUAUUAGAAAAUUGUUGAACAAAUUGCAUGCAUCUGAUUAGUAGAAUUCAAGACUUCAACAAUAUAUUAGUAUAUAAACCAAUAUUUUAUAUUGGUCUAUAAUGUAGCAGUUUUAAUUCAGGCUAAUGCCAUGUAUCAUUUUAUUUGUAUUGUUUACCAGAUACAGUAUACAGGGGUGCAGAAGGAAUCAUUUCACUAAAUUUUUUUCUCCAGGCAGACAUUUGGGGGUCGUUUUGUUUUGUUUUUGUUUUUAUUUUUUAAGCCACAUAAACAGAAGAAAGUUAUUGGGCUAAUCUUCAGUAGUACAUUUUUGGAUACAAAUGCAGGUGCCAUGUAUCAGAUGUUAUCAAAAUAAGGUAUGCUGGUCAGCAGUGUAAAUUUAAUUAUGUUAUAUAAUUAUGUACUGCACCCUUGCUUCUGCUCAUUGUCUGCUUUUGGUUUACAAAUCUUACUUUCUGCACAGUAUAAAGAUUUUUUUUAAAACUGGAUAUAUGAUGUAUGCUUGGGUCAGGCCAGUUGUAUUUUAUUUCUUCUGCUUGUAUCUGAGUUGUACAUAUCUUCACACAUGGCUUUUCUAAAUUGCUACCUAUAUUUUAAGGUUUGCUUUAUGUAUCUAAAAUUACUGUACAUGAACAUUAAUGUAAGCUAUGAAUAUCUUCCUUGUACAGUUGUGGUAGCAAGCAAUAAUGUGAAUAUAUGAAAAACAGAUAUACUCUGCUUAAUAUUUGUAUGAAUGAGAAGUUGAUACCACUACAAGAGUAAUUUUCUCUUUUUAAUCUUUUAAAUACAAGUUUUAUUUCAAGGUAAUAUAUUACAGGUACCUUGACGCUGUGAACUAUUUUUCUAUGUCUUCAAAAUAUUUAUUCUCUGUAAAAUAUUCUCAGUGAGUAUUAUGUUCCUAAAUGUUUGAUAGUGGGAGCGCUCUAGGAAGUUUUAAGUUUUCUUAAGUUCAUAUCCCUGUAUCAGCUCCCUAAAACCAUCCAUUGCUCAGCUUUUGUGUGUGAAUUCGUGCUGUUUACUUUGAAAAUAGCUCAGCUAUGCUUUUCAUACAGCCUACAAGCGUUUCUUUGAUUUGACUCAAGGUGACUUUUUAAUCAACAGGUAUCACUUUUGUGCUGUCUAGGUCUUCUGGGACCCACAGUGGUUUCUCUCCAAAGAAACUAGUUAGAAUAUCCAUUUCUAUUUUCAUUUAAAAUCAGUUGCAGCCUCUUCUUUAAUACAAAUCUGGUCUGCAGCACUCUUCACACCCAGAAGUAUUGUUAUAAUCUUGGACCAAUUUCAGCCUGUGAAGGAGGACAAAAGCUUAAAGUUGAUGGCAGCUGAGGUUCUGGAGGUUGGGAGUUGCAGGGAUGACGUUGAAAAUGAACUGAAAUAAUAACUAGUAAUAACUAAUAGUGGUGACCAGAAAUGCAUAUUGAAUUCUCGAAGACUCAGUUUUCAAUAAAAUGAAUAUUGAAUAUGCCAUGCCUAGAUUUUAUUACCAGUGUUCACAGUUGACAGUGCAGGCAGAUUUGUUGCGUGGAUGCAGGUUUUUACUGGUAGUUCUUUAGUUCAGAGGUGUAAGUUGGCAAUGGCUUGUAAUACACUCAUAGCAGUAGUGAGCUGAGUGUCAGCCAAUGACCUUAGUUUGCUCCCCAACCUUCCUUACUAUAUUCUGUGACACUGUGACUACUUUGUCAAACCUUCUGAUUUUUAAAGCUGCUUUGAGAUUGAUAUGUGCUGAAAUAAGUGCAGUGAAUGCAGUCUGACUUUAAGAUUUGCUGAGAACAUCUUCUUAGUAAAAAUACCACCUAAGUAGUAAUGCUUUCUAAGAACUCAUCUAUUUUAGGUGCAUCUGCUGUUAGGCAUUUCUGUAUUUUUCCCUAUCACUUACUCUCUGAGAAUUCUAUUUGUAGAGGGUCCAAAGUAGGGCUUUGAGCAAAUAAAAGCCUAAACCCCAUAGUAAGGUGGUAGACUAGUUGCCUUUUAAAACAUUUCUUAUUAUUAUCUCUGACUGAACAUACUACCCAGAAAACUUGAAAAAGUGUGUUUAUAUAUCAGUGAGUUUAGCUCAAAAGCAUUACUCCCUGUUGAGGUAGUACACUUGUCUAGUAAGAAUGUUACCAAGCAUUUUAGCACAAUCCCUUUCCAUUCAGUAAUUACAGUAACAAAAAUUGAAUGGAAGAAAAACUUCAGUAAAUCUCCUACUUAAAGCCUGCAGCAGUCAACAGGAUUUUUCUUUGUUUUUUUCCUAAAGUAUUUAGAUUUUGUUAUUUUAUAUGCCAGUAAGAAUACAUAUAUUACCUUGUUUUUGUCCAGUUGACCAGGGUUGAAAUUGUUUGAGCAGAUCAGAAGCUGUAGUAGGACUUUUAAGACAUAGGCUGUUCUUUGCUAAAAUAAUGAUUACAUUAGAGUAACCUAUUCAGCUUCUAGUAACUCAGCAGUUCCUACAGAUCUUGUCUAUUCCCAAUUUCCUUGAAUAGUGAAAUUUAGAUAGCCACUUGAUAUUAAUCGUUUAACAAACGAUUGUUGCUAAUUAUGUCUGUUUCACCUUUAGCCUGAAUAACUACUGGUAGAGGCAUCAUUGGCUCUCUGUCAAAGCUAAUUAUUGUUUGUAGGUAUAGUGGCCUUCAGCUAGUCAUUUAAGAGUUAUUCUGUAACGUAAUAUUAAAAAAUAUAUUUUUAUUCUUUUAGUGAUAGCUAGAAAUAAAUUUUGAGGUAGAAGGGCUUUCUUUCUGACCAUAUAUAAGAAUUCUGUAGAGUUUAUCUCUUGAUAAAUAAUUAUAAUGUGAAGUUUAAACUGGGAUUAGCAAAUUUCACCAGAAAUUAAAAUGUUUGGGAAUAAGUUGUGUUGUGUAAUAGUUUUAAUACACUGUGUAUGCAAAUCCAAAAACAGCUGUAGUAAAUCAAAAAAAUUUCCUUUGAUACACAAAACCAGGUGAAGUAUAUUAUAAGAACUUAUUUACAGUACUUAGACGUAAGCUAAAUCAGGAAAUUCAUUUUUAAAUGAAACUUUUAUUUUGUAACUGUCAAGACCAUGUGCUGAAAAAAAUACAUAUUUUUGAGUUAUGCGCUUGCUUAAAAGUCAGUUUUCAUUUUUCUAACAGUCAUUAUCUAGCCCUGAAGGUUAUAGGGGAGAGCUUGAAAAUGCAAUCUGUAACUGCUUGGAAGGCAGAAGUCAAAGGGAAAGAACUUGUCUUCAUUCCCUCCUCCCAGCCCCCAUCCUGGAGUCUUAAUUUUAAAUCAGUCCCCUUGUUUUGGGAGCCCUAGCUUAUAGUUUUUGAGCUAGCUGGCAAUAAUGCAAGUUGUCCACCAAAAACCACCAUUUGAAUUCUGAAUAAUUUAGAGAUCACUUGAAUUGAAGAGGCAAAAGACUUGUUAAGCAAAGAAAAUCCCUGGUUCUUUUAAGUUCUUUAAGCACUGCUGUUGGGUAAUUAAAAGAAGGAUACUGAUGACCAUACAUCUGGUCAAAAUGUAGAUGAUUUUGUGUAAAGGAAAUGCUUAAUUGGAGAGGUCUCAGAGCCCCGAAUCUCUGGAUUCACAGUAGCGACUUAUGAAUGAAGGGUAAGAGGAGCUGACUAGUUUGUACCCAUGACUAAAAUAAUUUAUGUUGCUCUUCAGCUACCUUGCUUACAAAAACAAAGCAUUCUAAAAAUGCAAUCUGUAUUUGUCACCACUAAUUUGCUGUAAUUUCCAUGCUGCUUCUUCCUAAAGCCACGUUGCAUUUCCGUUACAAGCAACUAAGUGUAAUGGUGGUUAUAAUGCCUUUAAUAGCCAUAUUGUAGGUAGAAAUAUUAACUACUCAGGGACUAAUAGGAAAUAGGAAAAUGGAGUUUAUGAGCUGAAUGCCUAUCUGCAUGAAGGCUUACUUGCAAACGGCACCCCGGAAAAUUUCUGAUUGUAUUAUGCAUGACCAUUGUGAAUGUUACCAAUAUAUGGCAAUGAGAGCUCUAUUUACCCUGUAUUAUUAGGCUGCUGAAUGUCAAAGUGUGUUGAAUAAGGAUAAAUGAACUUUUUUUUUUUUUUUUUGCUGAUUUGGACAGAGUGAUUAUUUCUAACGGUGCUACCUUCUUCGUUACUGUGUUUGUUCCUUGUAUCAAGUUCUCUCUUCAGGCUGGAUGAAUCAGGAGGUGCUGGUAAUGAGGAAACUCUGUAAUUCCUAGGGAAGUAGAAGCAUUUCAAGGGGAGAAGUACCCGAAAGCAAAUGCUUUCACUGCAAGAAAACAAAAAACAACUACAGCAAAAAACAUCCUGCAUUUGUUCUUCAUUACAGAUUAGUUACAGAUAUCCAUUCAGGUUGUAUUGUUGGUAACAGCGUUUUGUAAUUCAUUAAUUUUUUUUAAACUUAUUUCACAGUGGUGUUUCAGUCAGCAUGGGCUGAAUUAGAAGUUAUUUUUGCAAAUUUUUAAAAAGGAGUCCUUGUAUGAAACUGUUUCUUGACUUGUUCUGAUGUGUGCAUCUCCACCACGUGGCAUUUGGAAAAUACAUCUCUUAUUAGCUGAAUGUUGUAUUUAUUUAAAAUUCUUCUGCUUCAAUUAUGCUCAUUAAUAUUUCAUUAAGAUUUAUUAUCUUGAAUGAGAUUAAUAAAUGCUUGACUCUUGAAAAUACGACAGACCAUUAGGAGAAAUUUAAUGAAACACAGACAUUAGAAGAAGCAACACAUGAAAUAUUGAACUCGAGGUUUAGGUUUAAAAUUUUGUGUGUAUUGGAAAACAGUUUUGAACCAUAUGAAAUGAUGUUAAAUAAUGAAAGUUAAGUAAAGGCUAACAGUCCGUUUCAAUAAUUAUAUGGAGUGUCUCCAUUUCUAUUGUAGUUUUGUUAUAACAAGUGUGCUAUUAUGCAGAUAGGGAGAUUUAAGCGUACUUUGUAACUCAGCAUCUUUCAAUUUAAAGUAUCCAGACCGAAAAGGAAUCACUGGUGAGAGCUGCACAGAUUACAGACCAGUCUUUCCCUAGGCUGGGGCCUGUAUCGCACGGCUGAUUGUUCCCAAAGAAAAUUCUUUUCUUGCCCGGGCAGCUCCUGUCAUGUGACAGUAUAUCUGAGUGCCAGGAGUGGCAUCCAGUUAGGAUAGCUUAAGUUCAGCUAACUAAGAGACCUUUGUAGUUUGUUUUUAGUUCCGUGGAGAAGAGAACUGUUAACAAAUCCUCAUUUUUGGAGGGCAGAUCUUAAACGCUUUGCUGAAACACGCUUUUUCUCCUCGUUUACAUCAUUGAUAGUUUCUUUGCCUCAUGCUGGAAACUAGACUUAGUAAUCAGCUGAUGAUUUUUUUUCUGUUACACUGCUUUAGGUUUGUGAAUCCAUUUUUUAUGAUCACGCUUAGAAAUUGAACAAAACAGAAGUCAGAUAUCCAGAUGCAAUAUAACUGAUAUUUUUACUGGCUCUGUUUAAACUGAUUUAAGUCUACCAGUACGCACACCUCACUCAUCAACUGUAACUAUCUCUGCUCCUCUGUGCUUGCAAUAGGCUUUCUAACUUGUUGGGAUAUUCAGUGUGUUAACUGCGUGGUAGUUGAGUGGUUUGGUUCAGUGAGGUAACGAGGAAUGCAGGGCAGUUAGAGAUUUGGAAAGUGUAACUUGAGUCUUUCUAUAGGAGACUGAAUACGGCAAAGAGAAUACGCAACUAAUUCCAAGCAUAAAAAGAACAAUAAACUAGAAAAUGGUGCCUAAAUGUUGAGUGCUAGCCCAAUGUAAUUCAUUUUUUUUUUUAAAAGGUCAUGGACUUCGCUUAGGAAGAACUUCUUAAACAUAAAAAGCAGUAGCAGAAAGUGAGUCACUUAAGGGGUGGUAGCUUUCAAGAUGGCAAACUUUUAAAUAAAAUGAAUAUUUUGCAUCUAUGCUAGAUCUAUGAAGCAGAAAAUGCAUAAGCAAUAAUUUAACAUAGAACUGGAUAUUAAGAAGCUGCUAUUUAUAUGGACUCAAUAUAAAGCCCGCAGAGGAUUCCCUUUAAUGAAGAGUUUAGGAAGAUAGGGUUGCUGUGAUUUUUGCUAUUGUAACAUUCCUCUUCAAAUAUUUUAAGUCUGGAUGAGAGUCUGAAAGCUCAGAGGCCAGCACUGUGUUCACAGGGCACAGGGCUUUGGGGAGAGAAGAUGGGAAGAAAGGGAUUUCUUUUUAAGGCUGCACAAUUGUAAAUACACGUAUUUAAGAAUAUUUAACCACAACUGCUAAAUUACUGAAGUUAAUCUAUUGUUGAAUUAUAGAGUAUUAUUUAAUUACAUCGGCAUUGUUUUUCCUGACCUGACCCAGAAUUGGAAUGGACUCCAAUAUGAUUUUUUUUUUAAAGCAUUUCUUAAGUUGUCUGUAUUACAAACUAAUAAAAUGUUUGUUAACUUA